UUUUAUUCAAUAUUUAUUGCUUAGUUCGAAAUCAAAGAAAAACUUGAAUUUUGAGAUAGGUGCCUUACUUGAUUUUUUUAUUUUUUUUUGUACUCAUUUCUUAAAUCAAAAUUUUUGUAGAUACGUAGAAUAUGGGCCAAGUAGCGGGGCUAGCACGCCGGCCACCGAGCGGCCUGCAAGUCUGGGUCACGUAUCGAAGAAAGCUCGACGUGAAUUAAUCCCUUCGUCCUCUUCGUCCUCUCGACCUCUUCGCGACGAAGAGAUUUUGGCAUUGCUCAAUUACGGCAGCGAAGAAGAGUCGGAGGAAGAGGAGGACGAGGAGACUAUGCAGCGGCCGCCGGUGCCGCACUCGACCAGGAUGUGGUUAGACGAAGAGGAUGAGGAAGUUGAAAGAGGUGAAGAAGAGAGGAUCCCUUCUCUCCCGAGCGAUGACAUUAUGGAGCAACCUCUUCGUCUAUCCACAUCCACCUCACCGACGGCUCUUUCGCCCUCUGUGGCGCUAGGGCCAACUAAUAAAUUUAUUUUUGAAUGGAGAACGGCGCCAACGCCUCCAAUCGAACCUGACUUAAGGCGAGAACCGUUCUCCCAAAUUAGUGGUCCAAAGGUUUCUUUUGCGACUCCGUAUGAUGCAUUCAUUGCCAUAUGGGAUCGUAUAUAUAAGUCAAGAAAUUCGAAAAAAAGAACGAACACAAAUCAUAAUGUUUAACAUCUAUACUUAAUUAGCGCCCGUGAGCGCACUUGUUAUUUUUUCACUAUUUUUAAGAUUAUUUUUUUUGUUUUUUCUUCCAUACAUGUGGCUUUUUUCCUUGGAAUGAAUGCCCGGUUUCAUGUAAAUCUUGAAUAAUUAAUUAUUAUACUACUUGCAAACAUAUAUUUUGCAAAAUCUUAGUUUUUACGAGACACUGUUUUUUGCACUAAUUUUGAGUGUCAUAUUUGAGACGUUCAUACUCAAGAUCUGUAAAAUAAAACAAAGUGUCGUUGCUUAAAAUAGCUUGGCGAUACGCUUAAGUUAUUGUAAACAAAAAAUUAUUUGUCCCUGACGCCAAGAAUGUAAUAAAAACAAAUGAGUUAAGAGAGCCACUCGAGUGACAUUUGACGAGGGUCGUUUUUGUAUAAACACGUGUAGUUUAAAAAAAAUGUACUGAACAUGUGUCCAUUUGCCUUUUAUUGUAUCAUAUACAUUAGUUGCUUUAAUAAAUAUAGAAUAUUACAUCCA